CGCCUUCCCCCGUCCAAUAUUUGCCACCGGGACGCGGCGGGCUCUGCGAACAACUCCCGGAGCAGCUGUUUCCCGUCGCCGGACUCGAGCCGAGGAAGCCCGCGCAGCCCCGGCACCCAGGGCGCCCCGAUGAGGAACACGCUCUUAAACCUCCAUAUCCUCAAGACGAAACCAACAAUCAUCUUUAUCAUUGGCAUCAUGGGAGUUGGAAUAGGUAGCGGACUCCUCUGCUGCUUGAAGUAUGCCAUGUUCAACCCCGAAAUAAGUUGGAUUAAGAAGGAUUCAGAAAAAUGGGAUGAGCAGAACCCUAAUUACCCAUACAAGUUCGUAGGUCUCACCGAGGACAACAGUGCCAAGAAGAGAACUCGCCCAGACUUGUGAGGGUGCUGCAGCUCAGUCCUUCUCCUGCCCCCUGCGAUGUUCAGAGGAAGGACUGCCUGCUUUGCCGCUUUGCAUGGCCCACAUCUCUAGCUCCUGGGCUGGGCCGCCUCUUAUGUGCCACGCAUUUACAUGGUGUACAUGCCAAAGGACCGCUUCUGUUUCCUACCUGCCUGUGUGUGAUUAGACGUGCCCCGAAGUUUGCCAGUAAGGUGUCAAAAGCCCAUCUGGAGGAACCAAAGGAAAAUAUUAACCCAUUCUCCUUUCUGUGAAAAUGCCUCUGGGAACUGAAGUAAUAAGCAACUUAUUUAGUAAAGGUUGACUGACCACAGUGGAGGGGAGAAAAAGAGGAAGGAAACAACCCUGUUGUUCCCUUUGGCUCCUGCAGAGGCUUCUUGGUUCACUCUUUUCCACCCUGUUCUUGUGAGUGGCCCUGACCCAUAUAUUCUGCAUUUCCUGUCUCCCACCCUCAGAGUCACCAUUCCCAUGGAGAAAGUGCAGCACCAGUAAGUAGAUUGUGAAGCCAGUCAACCUGACUGAAGUCUUAGGAGAGAUGCCCGCCAUCAGACAGCCAAGGCUACCUUUUCUAAAACUGGAAAUGCCAGCUGCGGUCUCUGGAGAGAGGCUAUGCACAAGAGAUCCAAGUCCGGGUUUGGAGGAAGUAAAUUGAGGGGAGAAGGGGUAGACGAUUCAGGCAACACGUCUGGAAAGGGUUCGGGAACCUUCGUAUGGAACCAACCUGGGUUUUGACAACAGUUGUGGGAAGGAUUGAAGAUAUGCCUAUUUGUAUAUGUGGGCAAUUAUGAAGUUAUGCUUUUGGAUCUGAGUGCUAUUAUAUGGACAUCUGAUUACAGUGUGCGUUAAUUUAUUCUAUAACAUUUCUGUGCAUUUCCACCCAAAUGAUGUUGGUAUGAAAUUAUUUGGUACAAAAUAUUACACAAAUAUAAUUAUAAUUACACUUUGUAUGCAUACACUAAGCAUUCACACUAUUCAGUAUACACAGAUGUGUACAAUCAAGAUGGAUAAAUACAUAGAAAAAGUCAGAUUUUUGUUGUUGUUUCAUUUGAGCCCGGGCUAACUAGGACUUAACCCCCAAAUUCCCUUUUCCAUGCCUGGACACCACUUGAGUCAUAAAAAAAUGAUAAAAAGAAAAUUCAUAAAAAGAAAAUUCAUAUGAGAUUAAGAAGAAUGAACUACUGGGACAGAUAAGUUGAAUAUUUUGUAUUAAUUAAGCCCAGGCAUUUCCUUUUGUGCAUAAAACGUACAAAUGGCUUUUGUGUGUAUAUUGUAAAGAUAACACAAGCACCAUGCAUUAGAGUAGGCUCUCAUUUACAGACAUACGUGAAUUAAAGUUUCCCUGCAUAGGCAAAAACUUCAGAAGACCACUGAUCAAAAUCCAGAAUUAACAGGAAGGCAAUACCUUUAUGAGAACCAAGUAAAAUUUCACAAAAGCAUGCAACCUUUCUGGUUUUCCAGACCUCAUUUAAGCUAGGAGCUUUUAAAAAAAUACAGAAGUCAUGUUAUACCUAUUGUCUUGUUUUUCAUAAGCUUUUCUGUGUCCGAGCACACUUCUUCAGAGGAAUGGAGUGGCUGUGCCUCUGGUGGGAAGUAUAAAAUUGUUGCAGUUUAAAACCUAUUGGCAACCAUUUUAAAGUGACUACAGCUUUAAACUCCCCCAGAGACAUUGCCACUGAAGAAGUAUUCUGGGACACACAAAAGCUAAUGAACUAUGAAUAGCUGCUACAUGACUUCUGGUUUCUCUUUUGCUACAACAGAUUGAUGCAGCUAUCUUCUAGAUUAUUGGAAAAACAUACUUUUCUGUAUGUUGUGGGCAGGGGAGGUGGACAGAGAAGUCCAAAAAUGUAGCUUAAUGUUUCUGUGGCCAUGAGAUUUACUCAAUCCUGAGACAGAAAUUUUACCCUGGAUGAGUCACUGGCAGGUAUUCAGUUACACGUAUUGGUAAAUUUGGGGGCUAGAAAAGAAAUGAUGGGUUGAUAUUUCUCAAAGCAUUCUCAAGAUCUGCCUCUUGUUCUAGGUCAGAACACAUGGUUCCCAAAGUGGAACAGAGACCAAAUGCAGAUGAAAAGCAUAGUCA